GUGGCGCCCAACAUGGCUGCGCCGUGCCCCGGCGCCUUGCGCGGCCGCUGAGCGCAGUCGGGGCGGCGGCGGGGCCAUCAUGCAGAAGAUCAAGUCGCUUAUGACCCGCCAGGGUCUAAGAAGUCCUCAGGAGAGUGUUAAUGACCUCAGUCCUAUUGAAAACUUUCGGUUUCCUACUAAGGAGGAGCUCAGAGAACUACAUGAAGAACCAACUGAUCCUCAGGCACAACAGGAAAUAAUUAACAGCAUUGAAGAAGUUUAUUUUUCCAAUGACUCCUUUGAUAUUGUGAAGUAUGAAUUAGAGAGGCUUCCUCCAGUACUUAGUCUUCAAGAACUGGAAGAGUACAGAGAUAAACUAAAACAACAGCAAGCUGCUGUAUCUAAAAAAGUUGCAGAUUUAAUCCUUGAAAAACAGCCUGCAUAUGUUGAGGAACUUGAACGUGUUACGUCAUUGCAGACUGGCCUUCAGCUAGCAGCAGUUAUUUGCACAAAUGGAAGAAGACACCUGAAUAUAGCAAAGGAAGGGUUCACACAAACUAGUUUGGGGCUCCUUGCAAAUCAGAGGAAACGACAGUUGCUUAUUGGACUGCUGAAAUCUCUGAGAACAAUUAAAACACUGCAAAGAACUGAUGUGCGUUUGAGUGAGAUGUUGGAGGAAGAGGAUUAUCCAGGAGCUAUUCAACUCUGCUUGGAAUGCCAGAAAGCUGCCAGCACUUUCAAACACUACAGUUGUAUAAGUGAGUUAAAUUCAAAACUGCAAGACACCUUGGAACAAAUAGAGGAACAACUGGACGUAGCGCUUUCCAAAAUAUGCAAGAAUUUUGAUAUCAAUCAUUAUACAAAGGUUCAGCAGGCUUACAGGCUGCUUGGAAAAACACAGACAGCAAUGGACCAGUUACACAUGCACUUCACCCAAGCCAUUCACAACACUGUGUUUCAAGUAGUCCUUGGGUAUGUGGAGCUGUGUGCUGGAAACACAGACACCAAGUUUCAGAAGUUACAGUACAAAGACCUCUGUACACACAUUACAUCAGACAGCUACAUUCCAUGCCUUGCUGAUCUCUGCAAAGCCCUCUGGGAAGUCAUGCUCAGUUACUACCGAACGAUGCAGUGGCAUGAGAACCACGACCAAGAUGAGGCAGCAGUUGUGUCUUCUGUUUCAGAUGGCAACAAUGUGAUUGGAACUGAAGAGAACAGUUUUGACCGCAACUAUGUAAAAAAGAAGUUGGAGCAUGGGCUUUCACGAAUAUGGCAGGACGUUCAGUUGAAAGUGAAAACAUAUCUUCUGGGAACAGAUCUGUCUAACUUCAAAUAUGAUGACUUCAUAUUUGUACUUGAUGUUAUCAGCAGGCUGAUGCAGGUUGGAGAAGAAUUUUGUGGCAGUAAGUCUGAAGUUUUGCAAGAAUCUAUCAGAAAACAAAGUGUUAACUAUUUCAAAACAUACCACAGAACCCGUCUUGAAGAGCUAAGAAUGUUUUUGGAGAAUGAGACCUGGGAACUUUGUCCUGUUAAAUCAAGCUUUAGUAUUUUGCAGCUUCAUGAAUUUAAGUUCCUGGAGCAGUCGCGUUCCCCGUCCGUGUCGCCGAGUAAGCAGCCUGCCUCUGCAGUUGCGUCGGCGGUGACGCUGUUUGAGCAGUACUGCGCCGGAGGAAACCCCUUCGAAAUCCAGGCCGACAGCAAAGAUGAUGAGACAGAAGACGUGUUAGCUUCCAAUGGGUAUGAAUCAGAUGAACAAGAAAAAAGUGCAUAUCAAGAGUAUGAUAGUGACAGUGAUGUUCCUGAGGAGUUGAAAAGAGAUUAUGUGGAUGAGCAGACAGGAGAUGCCCCAAUAAAAAGUGUUUCUCGAGAAACUCUGAGGAGCAGAAAGAGAUCAGAUUAUAACCUCAAUAAAGUGAAUGCACCUAUUCUAACCAACACUACACUGAAUGUAAUAAGGCUAGUUGGGAAAUACAUGCAGAUGAUGAAUAUUCUGAAACCUAUUGCAUUUGAUGUGAUCCACUUCAUGUCCCAGCUCUUUGAUUACUAUCUGUAUGCAGUCUAUACAUUUUUUGGCCGAAAUGACAUGUUUGAAUCAACAGGACUGGGCCUCAGUAGCAGCAGAUUACGCACCACGCUGAACAGAAUCCAGGAGAGUCUGAUUGAUCUGGAGGUGUCUGCUGAUCCUUCAGGAACUCUCACAGCUGCUGAAGAGAGAAAAGAGAAGGUUCCAAGCCCACAUCUCAGUCAUCUCGUAGUUUUGACAUCUGGCAAUUCGCUGUAUGGCUUGGCAGAGAGAGUGGUGGCCACAGAAUCCUUGGUAUUUCUGGCUGAGCAGUUUGAAUUUCUUCAGCCUCAUCUUGAUGCAGUGAUGCCAGCUGCCAAGAAGCCUUUUCUUCAGCAGUUCUAUUCUCAGACAGUGUCAACUGCCAGUGAACUACGUAAACCAGUUUAUUGGAUUGUUGCUGCUAAAGCCAUUGAUUAUGAACAAAUGCUUCUUCUCAUGGCUAAUGUGAAAUGGGAUGUGAAGGAAAUCAUGUCGCAGCACAACGUAUAUGUAGAUGCUCUUUUAAAGGAAUUUGAAGAAUUUAACAGGAGGUUGAAUGAUGUGUCUAAGAGAGUCCGUAUUCCAUUGCCAGUCUCCAACAUCCUUUGGGAGCACUGCAUACGCUUGGCCAAUAGAACUCUUGUGGAAGGUUAUGCCAAUGUAAAGAAGUGCAGCAAUGAAGGACGUGCCUUGAUGCAACUGGAUUUUCAACAGUUCUUAAUGAAACUAGAAAAGUUAACAGACAUUAGGCCUAUUCCAGAUAAAGAAUUUGUGGAGACCUACAUUAAAGCAUACUACCUGACAGAAAAUGACAUGGAAUCCUGGAUAAAAGAACAUAGGGAAUAUUCCACUAAGCAGCUGACCAAUCUGGUGAAUAUUUGUCUGGGCACCUACAUCAACAAAAAGGCAAGACAGAAGCUGUUAGCUACCAUUGAUGACACAGACAGGCCUAAGAGAUAACUGGAGAAAGCUGCUUUCUUUCUGACUUGUACCUUUCUCUGUUCACGUGAAGCACGCAGACAUUUCUCUCAUGGACUAAUGACAACAUUAGAAAUGUUGUGCAUGACCUUUCUUGGCAACAUUGGGGGCACUGUGAAGUGACGAUGUUCUAAAAUAUGACUUUUCUAAUCUGUAGAAUUCUUUUCUGUCAUAUUUCUUUUUUCUUGUUUUUUUUUGGUUACUUGCCCUUAGUUAAGGGCCACUGUGUAUCAUUGAUGAGCUGUAUGUUUUACAAAAGUGUAUACUAUAAGUAAAAUCAAAAUCAGAGAGAAACACAAUGGCUUAAUGUAUCAUUGAUACUCUUUUUAAAUAAAAGAGCUACUUGGAAAUAUUAUUUCUUUCCUCCCUGCUUUCACCUCCAGAAAUUGUGCUGUAUUAUAGUUCAGUGUCAAGUGAAAAGAUAUGUACAAUAAUUUGAUCUAUGUAUCCUGCAUGUGGAUUAAGAGUGCAGAUCAACUAAGUACUCUCAUGUUAAAGCCCAUCAUCUUCAUGUGUAUUUAAAAAUGUCUGUUUAUUUCAGAAUUAAUUUAGUCAUAUCAAAAUGAUUGACUUCAGAUUAAUAGAUGAUAAUAAACAUUGUAUGC